CCAAGACGGAAAACAGGGAGAGACAGAAGGUGACAGCCCAACACUGCCCGUUAACUUUGUCCCAGAGUCCGCUACGUGACGCUGCGUGACUUCGAGCUCCGACAGCAGCAGAAUAACUGAAGGAGAUUUUCCUCCCCCUGUUUUACAGAGAGCUUCUUUCACAACCGAGGGGUCACACCGCAGCCGCAGCGAUCCCAUCAUCCCAGGUUUUGUGCAUCAUCUCACUGCCUUUGUCCACACGAUACUCUGCUGAUUGCUCCUUCAGAACCGAGCCUAUGGAUUACCGCGUGUGUUGGAAACGCCGUGACCACAGCUUUGUCAACAUCGUGACAAACUCCAAUUAAAAAACAAACAAACAAAAAAAAAAGAGCAGAAGACUGAAUGAAUUUGAUUGUUCUCGUUUAACUUCUCAGCUUCCGUGGGACAUUUUUUGACAGAUCUCAGCUCUCUCUCUGCCACCAUGUAUGGUAGUUCCCGUUCCGUCUCAAAGCUGGAUGUUGUUGGGUCCAACGGUAACGGGUCGGGGAGUCCUGGCCGAUCGCCCCGGCUCCCUCGCUCCCCUCGCUUAGGGCACCGGAGAAACGACAGCAGCAGCUCCACCGGUGGACUCACCGGCUCUGGUAAAACUCUAUCCAUGGAGAACAUCCAGUCUCUGAAUGCUGCCUAUGCCACAGGUGGCCCCAUGUAUUUCACUGACACAGCUGAAGACCACCAGAUCAUGGGCAGCGGGCUGAAUUCCAGUGCACCCAAAGGCACCAUGACCCUGGGCAGAGCUGGAGCCAGGGUCCCCUAUGGGGUCAGGGCUGCCGUCAUGGGCAGCAGUCCUAAUAUAAACAUUGUGGGAGGGGUGGGGGGUGGUGGAGCCAUCAUGCCCAGUGAUGCAAUAGCUUUUGGUGGAGAGAUGCAAACACAACCUCAACAAGCAGCUACGGUGCCUCACUCCACGAGACAGGUGAGAGACGGUGCGAUGUCAGACCUGCAGACUCAGUUGAGAGAAGUGCUCAGAGAGAACGAGCUAAUGCGCAGAGAACUGGAGGCCAAAGAGUCCAAGCUGAGCUCCUCUAUGAACUCUAUUAAAACGUUCUGGAGUCCAGAGCUGAAGAAGGAGAGAGCGCUGAGGAAGGAUGAAGCCACAAGGAUGGCCGUCUGGAAGGAGCAAUACAAGGUGGUGCAGGAAGAAACACAGCAUCUUCAGUGCACCAUCCAGGCAUUACAAGAUGAGCUCAGAAUCCAGCGUGAUCUCAACCAGCUCUUCCAGUCUGACUACUCUGACUCCGGUCGCCUCGGAAACCCACCCAUUCCUCCUCAGGAGAUGACAGAGGAGAACUUUCUGCGUCUCCAUGGUGAAUUCGAGCGGCAGGCCAAAGAGCUCUUCCUCCUGAGAAAGACCGUUGAGGAGAUGGAGCUGAGGAUCGACACGCAGAAACACACGUUAACUGCCAGGGAUGAGUCCAUAAAGAAGUUACUGGAAAUGUUGCAGAGUAAAGGCCUGUCGUCACGGGCAACAGAGGAGGACCACGAAAGGACAAGGCGCCUAGCUGACGCGGAGAUGACCAUCCACCAACUGGAAGGACUGCUGGAGCAAAAGGACAAGGAGAUGCUGCAGCUCAGAGAGGAGCUGCACAGGAGAUACGAAGCAGCUCCAGAGUCAACAAAGACCAAAGCUCUGCAGACGGUCAUUGAGAUGAAGGACGCAAAGAUCAGCUCCAUGGAGCGUGGCAUAAGGGAGCUGGAGGAGGAGGUGAUGAUGCUCAAGUCCAACGGAGCUCUGAGCAGCGAAGAGAGGGAGGAGGAGAUCAAGCAGAUGGAGGUGUACAGAUCCCACUCCAAGUUCAUGAAGAACAAGGUUGAGCAGCUGAAAGAAGAGCUAACUCACAGCCAAUCAGAGAAGGAGGAGCUAAGGCGACGAGCCAAUGAUCUCCAGCAGGAGGUGUCCGCAAUGGAGCAGACGAAGCAGGAGCUGAGUCGUAAAGACAGCGAGCUGCUGGCUCUCAGGACCAAACUGGAAACUCUGAACAAUCAGUUUUCUGACAGUAAGCAACACGUAGACGUGCUCAAGGAGUCACUCACUGCCAAGGAGCAGAGAGCUGCCAUACUGCAGACCGAGGUGGAUGCUUUGCGCCUCCGUCUGGAGGAGAAGGAGUCUCUUCUGUCGAAGAAGAGUCAGCAGAUAUCAGAGCUGACGGAGGAGAAAAGCACUCAGCAGGGAGAGAUUUCUGAUCUCAAGGACAUGCUGGAGGUCAAGGAACGCAAAGUCAGCGUGUUACAGAAAAAGAUAGAGAACCUCCAGGACCAGCUGAGGGAUAAAGACAAACAGCUGAGCGGCCUGAAAGACAGAGUGAAGUCUUUGCAGACGGACACGUCAAACACAGACACCGCUCUGGGAACGCUGGAGGAAGCUCUGGCUGAGAAGGAGCGAAUUAUCGAGCGGCUGAAGGAGCAGCGAGAAAAGGAGGACAGAGAAAAAACGGAUGAGGUGGAGACUACUAAGAAGGAGCUCAAAGACUUAAAAGAAAAGGUGUCUCAGCUGCAGGCUGAGCUGGCUGACCGAGAGACUUCUGUGUUGGAUCUGAAAGAGAAGGCUUCCUCUCUGGCAUCCUCGACUCUGAAGAAGGAAAACAGGCUUAAAAGUUUAGAAAUAAACCUCGAGCAGAAGAGGGAGCAGUGUCUCAAACUGGAGAACCAACUCAAGAAGGCUCAGAGUGCAGCAACAGUGUCCCAGGCCAACACCGAACUCUGCGAGCGCAUCUCCUGCCUAGAGCAGGAAGUGGCCCAACACAGAGAGGAUGCUGGGAAGGCCCAGUCGGAGGUAGAGCGACUCCUGGAGAUCCUCCGGCAGAUGGAGAAUGAGAAGAACGACAAGGAGAAAAAGAUCCAUGAGCUGGAAAGAAACCCUUCCGCCUCCCAUUUGUGGCGUCCGCAGCAGUCACGAAAUCAGGCCCCUCCCCCUGUUGCCUCUCAGCAACCAAUGGGGGGGCUGGUGUGGGACUACUUGGGCACACAAAUGAAGGACCAGACUAAGAAGGUGGCCAACCUGAAGCACAAAGAGCAGCUGGAGAAGAGCAGAAACGCUCAGCUGAUGGAGGAGGCCAAGAAGAGAGAGGACAAUCUGAACGAAACGUCCCAGCAGAUUAAGGACUCUCUCCGUCUGAAGGAGGAGCGCAUUGAGGAGCUGGAGGAGGCGCUGAGGGAAAGUGUCCAGAUCACAGCUGAGAGGGAGGUGGUGUUGGCGCAGGAGGAGCAGGCUCGCAUGCAGUCUGAAAAACAGCUUUCUCACAUUCCAAUUCAUGAGUUCACCACAAGCGGAUUUAGGUGGUCGAAGGUGGAAGACCUCCUGGUUGCCAUGGAGAAGGUGAAACAGGAACUGGAGGUGAUGAAGGCCAAAUUGUCAUCAACUCAACUCUCACUGGCUGAGAAGGAAGGUCACCUGACUGCCCUGCGAGCCGAGAGGCGGAAGCACCUGGAGGAGGUCCUUGAGAUGAAGCAAGAGGCGCUUCUGGCUGCUAUAAGUGAGAAAGAUGCCAACAUCGCCCUGCUGGAGCUCUCCUCGUCCAAAAAGAAGAAAACCCAGGAAGAGGUUUCAGCUCUGAAGAGGGAGAAGGACAGCCUGGUGCAUCAGCUCAAACAGCAGACGCAGAAUAGGAUGAAGCUGAUGGCUGACAACUAUGAGGACGACCAUCUGAAGGCAGCGUCUCCGAACUCUGAGCUACCCAACAAUCACAAGCCCUCCCCAGAUCAGAUUCUCUCUCCUCUCCUGGAUCUCAGUCAGAAUCGCAAUAAACUGAAGUUGUACAUAAGCCACCUGACCUCGCUGUGUCAGGAGCGAGACCCAAUCAUACUGCAGGACUUUGCCCCGCCUCCGGCCUACCAUCGCUCUGACUCCACCUCCUGGCAGACCCAGCUGCACAGCAUGACGCAGGAACAGUUGGAGGCGGAGUUAGCGUUGUGUGAGAAGGAGGAGGCGGAGCUCCAGGAGUACGCCAACCAGGUCCUGCAGCAGAUUUCUGAUCGAUGCCCUGAUAUCUUGGAACAAGUCGUCAACGCCUUGGAGGACAGCUGCUGACAGAACACACACACACACACACACACACACACACACACAGGUUUGCAUGCAUUUAGUUACUUUUUAGCACACAUGCAGAAAGCAUCAGAUGCCUCCUGUUAGAUCCCACACAUCCCAUGAUAGUCAGAGAAAACCAGAGUUGGAUGAGGUUCCUGCUCCUUGAAAGUGUUCGUGAGAGUAAACGUACAAUUCCACAAAAUGUGUUUAAUCAUAAGAACUGAACCUGUGUGAGCCGGAGGAAGCUGUUGUGUUUAGGUCGAUUUACGGGCCUACAGAUGAAAUCAGAAUAGAUAUAUUUUUCUAACUGCUCAGAAGACAAAGACGGCAUCUCUGCUGCUUCAACACUUGGACCAUCGCGUGUCUCAAAGAUCAGCAGUCGCUCUGAGGAGGAACGUUUCUGAUGCCACACUUGCACGUUGUUGCCACAUAUUUGUUUGAUAAGCUCACUGAAGUGUUUAUUUCAGCUGCCUUUUAGCUUUUUACAUCAUUUGCUGCUAUUUUUUCUUGUGUUUUCUUCUCAAACUCUUCUUCUUUUAGCGUUUACCUCCAGAUUGUUGUCAGCUGUAAAGAUAGAUGAGUCAUCAGGGAGACAUGACGCUUUAGCCCGUCAGAAUGAAAGACACGCAUCUCGCAGCAAACCUUUAUUAAAAGCACAUCUGCGCUCUGUAGAUGGUUAUGGGUUGUUUAAAACUUGUGGCUUUGUUCAGUUUGGGCGUUUUUGCUAAAAUGAGCUCAGAUAAUUCCUCUUAAUCCUGACUGUGUCUUUGGAGUAAAUGUGGUUAAACCUGAACUCCCCGUUUUCUCUAAUGUCAUCUUACUUUUUCAGGAGAGAAAGUAAAUAGUUAAAAGUUAUAUAAAUAGAUAUAUUUUUUCUGGUUCUACAUAAAUUGUUGAAUUAAAGAUGUCAUAUCUUUGUUGGUAUGCAGCUUGCUGCAGAUCGUGCGGACAUGUUUGCACCUACUCUUGGUUUUGUGUCAAAGUUUGUUUUAUUUUAACUCGAAGCUUUUAUUUCCAGCCUGAAUCUCCUGAUUCCUGUAGAACAUCACCUGUUGGACUCGAGGCUUCAGCGUUCAGAUUCAGAUCAACUUUUUGCCUACCAGAGCUUGUUUUUGUUCGCCACAGAUCAAAACCAAAAUAAGGGCUUUGAUAUUGUCUGCAGCUUCUCAAACGGAAGAUUUAAUGAUCCCACAGAGUUUAUGGAAGGUUAAAAAAGAAAAAAGUUGGUUCAUUUUAAGAAGAAAAUCCCGUCGGAUUUAAAUCUCGUGUUGUAAAUUCUCGUUGGCUUCUUGGGUUUUUCUUUUUUUCUUUCUUGGGUUGUCUGUUUAGCGAUGGCUGAGACUCACUUUGAAGUUGUGGAUUAAAAAUUGAAAUGAAUGAAUGGAAUAAAAUAUGGAUUUUAUUGAAACUUUGA